AUGGAUCAACACAAAUGGUGGCAAGUUACAUGGUUAUUCAUCUCUAUAAUAAUGUUUCUUUCAUCUUUGGUUCAAACCUUACAAACUUAUGAUCAUGAUUCAUUAGAAGACUUCUUUUGCAAGCAAGUGAACAAAUGUAUAAAAAAUCCAAAAACAGGUAUCUUCUACAACACUUCACUUCCUUCUAACUACACAGGAAUGAAAGUUAGAGCUGUUAGAAUGAGAACAUCAUCAUUUUACAUAAGAGGAUUGAAUUAUAGUCUCUUGAAUGUUCCACCACGUGUUGUGCCACAACCAAAUAGAAAAAGAAUGGUUAUACUAUAUGAAAACUUUGGAAAUUGGUCUUCUCAUUACUUCAAUGUGCCUACUAAUUACACAAUGGUGGCACCGGUUUUUGGUUUUGUGGCUUACACUUCUUCAAAAAAUGCAUUCAUAGAAAAUGAGAAGAUGAAUCUUGUAACCCAAGGAAAACCUAUUUUAAUACAUUUUCAUCAUGUCAGGUUACAUGGGAAAAAUGAUACACCAAUCUGCGUUAAGUUUUUAGAAAAUGGAAGAUUGAAAUUCAACAACAUGAGUAAACCAUAUGUUUGUGAAGCAUUUGGGACAGGACAUUAUACUCUUGUGAUCCCAUCUUCAUUGUACAACAAGAGUUUAUUUGACAUUUGGUGGGUUUUAGGGUUUGUUAUAGGUUUUGUUGGUUUGGUCUUGUUGGUUUUGGUGUUGGUGACUUUAGUUAAGGCUUCAAAGAAGAGGAAGAUUAAAAAAUUGGAGAAAAAUUCAGAAAAUGGUGAGGCUUUUGAUACUUUUUGGAUUGGUGAAACUAAAAUGCCAUUGGGUUCAAUGGUUAGAACUCAACCUGUUCUAAUUGAAAAUGAUUCAUGA